ACUUUUGCUGUCGCUCACCUGAAAGUCGCGUCACAAGAACCCUAGCAUAGAGGCGGUAAAGUGAGAUCCAGUGGCUGAAGAACUGAAGAGAGAGAAAGAGAGUAGAGAGAGAGCAAAUGGCGAUUUCCGGAGAUUUUAGGGUUUCUGCAACACUGGGAACUCAUCCAACGAAUCCCCUUCGGAGCUCCUUGCCCCCUUCAAAGGUGGAUUUCGGUGGUUUCUUGAAAGGAGGAUCUAAUGUUUCUGAGAUUGCACCCAAAUGGUCCCGCAUAGUGCUCAAUUGCCAUAGCAGCGUACGCUGUUACUAUAAACAACCUCAUGGGAUUACUGAAGAAUACAAGUUAUCUACAAGUUCCAUCAGCCCAGAAGCUGAGAGUUUCCUCCUUAAUGCUAUAAACAUGAGUUUUUUUGAGCGUUUAAACUUGGCGUGGAAGAUAAUGUUCCCGUCACCAACGUCAAGGAGAAAAUCUAAUGCAAGGAUUGCCAAGCAACGUUUGAAGAUGAUUCUCUUUUCUGAUCGAUGUGCUGUUAGUGAUGAGGCAAAGCAGAAGAUAGUGAGCAACGUUGUGAACGUGCUAUCAGAUUUUGUGGAGAUCGAAUCACAAGACAAAGUUCAGCUGAAUGUCUCUACAGAUCCAGAUAUUGGGACUAUCUAUUCUGUGACAGUGCCUGUUCGUCGGGUGAAACCAGACUACCAAAUUGAGGAUGAGGUUGGAGCAAUAACAAAUAUAGAAUACAAAGAUACUGGAGAAACUUCUGGUUCGGUCGAUGUCAGGUUUGAUUUCUAUGUUCCAAGUGAAAACUACAAUGACUUCAGCAUGUAGAAAAAGGGUACACCUGAGCAUAGGCGGGGCGUGACACUAAGCUGGAAAAUAGAAAGAAAAAAAAAAGGGGUAAACAAAUAAUGUUUUUCCUGGUAGUUAAGAGGCUCUACUUCUGAAUGUUUGGGCUUUUAGCCAUUGAGACAACCUAAAUACUUUUGUAUAUAUUUGAAGUUUCUUUUUAGGUGAGUGAUGAAUUUAUAGUUGUGAUUUUUUUUUUUCCUCCGAAAAGUAAAAAAGUUGGACCAUUUCUCGAUU